GUGCAGGACAAAGGACUCUACACCACAGAAGUGAUGUCCUAGAGACGGUGGUGCUCGUCAACCCUUCAAAAGACACCGUCGUAGCAGAGAUCCAGUCUCUGAUCACAGACUCGGCGGGACACAAGCUUCUGGUUUUGAGUGGUCCCAGCUCCGAUCAGGGUGGACUCCUCCUUCAAACAGGGCUUUUCACCUACGACACCUUUGCGACUAUAUUUUCUGAUCCUGGGGUGGUUGAACUUCUCGGCCCAUCCAUCCCCAAGCAGCAGGCUACACUUACCGUGUCCUGCCGCGGGGAGGUGGGCUGGAACUCUCUGGGACAGCAGCAGACCCUGCGGGAGUUCCUUCACUACAAACUAAACCCUGAGCCCGUGAUCCUCAAGAUGGAAGGGGUCACCGAGUUCACCGAGUACAUCUGCGCGACGGUCGACGUCCCCUCACCCUUUGACCUCCUCGAGCCACCGACAUCCGGAGGUUUCCUGAAGCUGUCCAAGCCGUGCUGCUACAUCUUCCCCGGCGGGCGCGGCGACUCAGCCCUCUUCGCCGUGAACGGCUUCAACAUCUUAGUCGACGGCGGCUCCGAACGCAAAUCCUGCUUCUGGAAGCUCGUCCGCCACCUGGACCGUAUCGACUCCAUUCUGCUCACUCAUAUCGGCGCCGACAAUCUCCCUGGGAUCAAUGGAAUCCUACAGAGGAAGAUCGCCGAGCAGGAGGAGGAGGGCUCUCAAGGCUCCACCAACGGUAGCGAUUGGCUGAAGAACCUGAUCUCUCCAGAACUCGGUGUGGUGUUUUUCAAUGUGCCAGAGAAAUUACGCAUGCCGGAAUCUCAUCUUAAGGUCAAGCGCAGCAUCGAGGAAGCCUCGCUGACUUUGCAGUACCUUAACAAACUGGGAAUUAAGCCAGAGCCUCUCUAUCGAGUGGUCAGCAACACGAUUGAGCCCAUCACCCUGUUCCAUAAGAUGGGAGUGGGACGGCUGGAUAUGUACGUUCUCAACCCGGUCAAGGAAAGCAAAGAGAUGCAGUUCCUCAUGCAAAAGUGGGCGGGCAACAGCAAAGCCAAAACCGGCAUUGUCCUGCCAAAUGGCAAAGAAGGAGAAAUAUCUGUGCCCUACCUGACAUCAGUGACUGCCUUACUUGUCUGGCUUCCCGCAAACCCGACGGAAAAGAUUGUCAGAGUUCUCUUCCCAGGAAACGCGCCUCAAAACAAGAUCCUGGAAGGCCUGGAAAAGUUAAAGCACCUUGACUACCUGCGUUAUCCUGUAGCGACACAAAAAGAUCUUGCAUCUGGAGUGCCUCCUUCUGUGCUCAAGCAGACAAAGUUAAAACAAAGAACGGAAAGCAAAGAGAGCCUUAAAUCGUCCCCGAAGACCACCGCAAAGGUCACCAAGGAAAAAACGGAAGGACAAGAUGAUGGCGGCGGCGCAGAGACAAAGAGCGAGACUGCAAAAGAAAACCUGUCUGUGAAAAAUGAACCAAAAAAGCCAAGUAAAACCAUCAAGUCUAAAUCCGACAUGCCAGAAAAGAAGAAACUUCUCAAGGAAAAGUCCCUGAAAAGGCACCCCAAGGAAAGGGUGUCCAAGAUGGAUGAGAAAAAGGACAAAGAGAAGAAAGAGAUCAAGAAGGUUAAGAAAGAGGAGUCUGCCAGAAAAGAUGAGAAGAGAGACGUUAAGUCCAAAGAGGACAAGAAAAAGGACACAUCCAAACCGGAGCUGAGAAAAAUGGCAAAGCCUGACCUCAAACCUCUCACGCCAGAGGUCCGAAAGACAUUACACAGAGCUAAAGUGUCGAGUAAAACAAAGCCCGGAAAAGCAAAACCGGCAAAGGCUGAAUCCAAGCCAGAGGAACCAAAGACUCCAGAAGACAAAAGUCAAGAAAGCAUUCGAGCUGAGCCAACACAGAAUGGAGUUUCUCCCUCCCAAGACCUCACCAAGGAAAUCGAAGUGAUCCAAGAAGUCGCUGUGGAUGAUUUAACAGCGCCGACGUGCCGUGAUGAGACUGAAUUGCGGGCGACAGCUCAAAGCUUUACCCAUGAGAAGACACAAGAACCAGAAAGUGUCACCCUCCCCGCGACAGAGUCUCCUGGAAAGGAGGAACCACUACCGGCGAAAGCCGCUGUUGAGGCACAAAGCGACAACCGCAAAGAAUUGGAAGAGACUCAGAUGUACGAGGACGAGGGAGCUGCAUCCCAGGAUGAGGAGGAGGAUGAAGAAGACGCUCCAACUGCUGAGGCGAGGACAGAGGACGAGGAUGAGGAGGAGGAGGAGGAUAUGGGAAUUGGUGAAGAGGAAGACGAAUUCCCGUCGCGAGAGCACGACGGGGUGGACGCAAAACACGAAACUAAAGACACAGAGGAAUCGGAAACACUCGGCGUAGCAGAUGUUGACACAAAAGAGGAUGAAGAGAAUGAAGAAGAGCCAGUGGAGAAGGCGGAAUUGGAGGAGGUCGAAGAUUUGGAUGUGAUCGCGGAUGAAGAAAUCACCAGUGAAGGUGUGGCUCGAGAAACCAAAACCGGCACCUUAAGCCGAGCCGAAUUUGAGGCGGAAGAGGAGGAAGAAGAGGAAGACGGCUACGUUUCACAUGUGGGAGGGACGACAGCGGCCAUCAGUGCAGGAACUCCCAGAGGCGCAGUCGUAGAAGCCAUCUCCUAUAUCCAAGACGAGAGCAUUCCGGGCUACUCGGAAACAGAACAAACCAUCUCCGAUGAGGAGAUUCACGAGGAGGCCGAGGAGAGGAUACCACACCUUCAAUAUGACAUCGGUUCCAACGAUGUCUCGGUUCCAGAUCAGACCGGAUCAUUUGUCAACAUUCACGGCAUGAGGGAGAUGCAGGCUUCGGCCACCCCUGGGAAAGGUUUUGUGGCUGGCGCUCAGGAGCAGCUGUCAUUAUUUACCAACAUAUUCACUGCUCCUCUGGCAGAGGAAGAACACGUGUCCUCGGCCACGUCCAUCACAGAGUACGACAAACUGUCCUCGCUCCCCACUUCUCUUGCCGAAGACCAGUCCGUGGCGUCCGCCGUCGCCCCCGAAGAGCCGGUAAAAACCAGGGUGACGACUGAGCAACUUCUCUCGUCUGGAACGCUUUCACCGUCGUCUCUUGAAGAGAAGUCACCUUCGGCUGACUUACAGCUUCCUCUUGAAGAUGCCAAGACGCCCGCGAAGCUUCCCGAUUCCCAUGACGACGACGACGACGAUGAAGAGGAAGAUCAGACUCCCAAUGUUGAUAUCUCACUGGAAAAACUCCAAGAGGGCUAUGCCUUAUCCCCCCAAAUAAAGUGCAAAGACGAGAAGGUUGAAAAGCAGCCUGGCUCCGCAUCUUCUGUUGCCAAGUCCAAACAGGAGGACAAACUGGUCCACUUUCCAGGUGAAAAGGAGAACAUUGAUGCAGUGGCCUCCAAGGGUAUUUCAUCGGUCGUGCCUCCCAGGCCUUUUGGCUCUGAUUCUGUUACCUCUGAGAGCGAGGAGCGUUGUUUCAGUCCAGAUGACAUCACUGUCAAAAUGGCCUCCCCGACACAAUCGGGACCACCGAGCGCAUCUCAUUCGCCCCUUCGACAUGCACCAGUGGAAGCGUUUCCUGACUUGGACCUCCCCGAGCUCGCCGCCUCAACUGAAGACAAAACCGGAAAGAAAAAAGAAGACGAGGAGCCAAAACACAAGAAGACGGAGGACAAAGCAUUUGAAAAGGACUUGACGGAUGUUGUACCUGUCAAGGAGCAGGAGCAAGGCACAGAAGAGCAGACAAUUACUAAAGAUGAGCCAUCAACGGAAGUUCAACCACCUGUGUCGGGACAUAAGUCUCCCAGUGAACAAAGCCAAGGAGAACGUGAUAAAUCCCCAGAAAGAUGCCACCCUUUCCUUGACGAUGAAGAUCACAACAAAGGCGAAGCCUUGGAUGAUGGUAUGGGUGCAGUGAAAACAAUUGUCACAAUCGAACAAGAAACGGUGGAUCAACAGAAAUCCAAAUCUGCUCUUCCGCUCGAUGCUGGUGACAUUUCACCCAUUCAGGAUGAGGAGCUAGCGAAAAAUGCCACUAUUUACAAUGUUAAACCUGUGAAAAAAGAAUCAUUUGAUGCUCUCGUAAAAUAUGAUCCUCAAGAGUUGGAAAAAGAGACCGCUGCUUUAGCAACAGCUCCCAAAGAAGCAAUUGGCGCUUUUCGGUAUGAGGAUGAAGACCGUGACCUCAAAACCAUGCAAAUCAAGACGUCUGACGUCGUCGUGCCUCAGACUGAAGGCAUAAAACCGGAGGAGAGAACGUCUGAAAUUGUUGCCACAAAACCUGAAGAAAAGGAGAUUCAAAUUGUUCAUGGCACAGAGGCCACGGAUGCUGCUCCAAUUAAAAAGCCUCGUGAGGAUGAGAAGCAGGAAAUGACCGGAGAGGAUGAAACAGUGGGUAAGACGAUCAAAGAUGCUAAAGCAGAGACCAGGCUCAUCACAGACGAGCAGAGAGGAAAAGACGAGGCCGACGCUACGUUGACCGAAAGCCCCAAAGGAGACAUUUGUCUGGCUGUUGCGCACGUUACGGCCGUAGAGAAGCAACAGGAGAUGCAAUCUGACAUUCCAGCAAAUUUGGAACCAGCACUUGAAGACCAAUCCGUCAAAGAAGCAGAAAAAGCGCUCGAUGCCACCGCCGCUGGCAUACCCGCUGACGCGGAGAUGACAAGCAAGAGUGAAAAAUCUGAGCAUACCGCUGCGCAAGAUGACAUUUAUGCUGGUAAACAGGACGAAAAGGCUGAUGACAAAGUGGACGCCAUCGAUGGCAAAGCAUCCAAGGAGCAACACGUGGCAAUUGUGGAUCAAAGUGUCGGUAUCAAAUCCAUGGAAGAAGAAAAAAGUAACGACGGGGUGUCGGUCAAACCCACUGAAAAGGAAUGCAAAGAUUUCAUUGAAGUAAAACCAACGGCGGAAGCAGAGAAGAAGGUUGACUUGGAAGAACAAAUACAAAAGGGGGACAUGAAAGAGACACAAAAGGAAGAAGCUUACGAUAAGAAUAAAUACUCUGAUGACGUCGCAAAGAAAGAGGAAACGCAAGAUGUUCGCGUUGCAUUGACCCCAACCACAAAAGACGAAAAGGGCCUUGCGAGUGACAAAGAAGCCGAAGAGUUGAAAGCAAGAGCGGCCUUCGAGGAAGCUAAAGAAAUGACAAAAGAUGGCAAAAAUGCCCUGCUGGAAUACACGGAAGAUCAUAAACAGAAAGAAGCCAAAUCGGAAGCGACCUGUGAGAAAUCUGCCAAAGAUGAAGUGAAGCAGUUGAUUAGUGAAGAUAAAGCCAUUCAAGACAACAACAAAGGAGAGCCCACAAUAGGUCCAAAUAGAGACAAACCAGAGACACAGACGGAAUCCUUUCAGACACAAGAGGUUCAAAGGACUGUUGACGCUAAUGUUGCGACAGGUGCUGUGAAAGAGGCAGACCACUUCCUAGCCCGGGGCAUGGCUAAGGAAAAGACAUCUGGACAAGAAACCUUUGACAAACAAACUGCAGCUGCAAAAGAGGAGGAAAAACAACGUGAUGGGGUUGCAACAGUACUUAUGAGUUCCGAUGAGAAGAUGGAGAAAGAAAAGGACGACGCUCAUGUUGCCGAAUUGAGCAAGGAGCAGAAGAUGGAGAGGGAACAGGAGAAGGAGGCAACCUGUGAGACAAAAGAUCUGCAUGAGCAAAAGACCAAAUCAGAAGAGAUACGAAGCACGUCCGAUGCGAAGGCGGAAGACGGCGGCGGAAAAGAGAGAGCCGAGGAACAACGCACCAGGGAGGAGAAGUGGGAGCGGGAAGAGUUGCAAGAGAAGGACCUCGACAAAACCUUGAAACAAUCUGCACAGGCAACAUUCGGAGAAGCAGUGUUGGCUUCCAAGUUACACCACGAACCCGCCUUGUUGGUUCAGUCUUCUGAUGAAGACCAUGAAGAAGAGGAGGAGGAGGAUGAAGAAUAUAUAUGUAUGGGCUCAAGACCUUUAUCGGUUGAGCUGAGAAAAUCCGAAACUCACUCCAGCUCUGCGGGCCAAACGUCUCCAUUAAGCAAUCAAACUCAAGAGGCCACACCCAGACAGACAGUAAUCGUAAUACCAACUCUUAUAAUGCAGGAACCUUCACUGGAUGAAGAGAGCAAAGAGUUUUUCACAGAAGAAUGCAGUCUUUCCAGCAGUGCUGCAAAACCUGCAAGUACUCCUUCACUGAUCACCCACCAGGAGCCGUCCUCAGCUACUGACUCGGCAAAGGGGGAGACAACUUCGAUUCAAAAACAGGAGCCAUCCCCUGAUCGACCAGAGUCCAGCUCGAGCACUGAGAGCCAGUCCAAAGUCCAGUCUCAAAUUGUUGAUAAGACGGCGCAAGAGGGGAAGCCCGGCAAAGAGGCAGAGCGGGAGAGGGAAGGAGAACGGGAGGCGGCUUCUCCGGGAUUUUCACAGCCUUGUUCAUACUUCCUGUUGGACAAAGACUCCGAUGACACCAGCCCGACGGAUGGUGGGAAAUCAGGCGGUGCAAAGAAGGAGAGCACUGAUCACGGACUCGGAUACGAAAGCAAACCUGUCGCUGCCUCCAAAUACGAUCCAUAUGAGAAGCCCAUCCCAAAAGAUCCGACCGCUCGAGAAGGGACAGAUGUGUUUGAAGGUCAUACUUUUGACAUAAGCAUGGACGAUAACAGGAGAACAAGCCAAACGGGGUCAGCCGCGUUCCUCCAUGAGGACCAAGUCAAACAAGAAGCAACGUCCUUAAGUCGAGCUGACCACAGCCCACAGAGUGGCAGCCACCGAAGUGCCUCGCCCGAUCAAGAAGAGAGAGAGAAAGGGCAGCAAGAAGAGAGAGAAAGAGAAGAAAGAGCAGACACGCCUCCUACCGAAAAGAGCUUUUCAGCUUUGGAUAUGCGAGACAAUAAAAUUUCCCAGGAGUCUUACAGUCCCAAAGAGGACAAACCAGAAAAAUCGGAGAAAGAGAAAGAGGAUAUGGAGGGAGGAACUUCAGGAACAUCUCAGACAGGAGGAAGGGAUCAGGCGUCUACUGAUGCCGUUCUUCAUUCCACAGGGCAUCCAUCAAAGCAAGAAACCAGCAACCAAUUAGAUCUCAGCACUGCACUCACACAAAAGGACACCGCAACGAAGGAGAUGGAAAAAUCACCGAAAGACAGGACCGGGUCCCCCGAUCAUGAAGGCUCUUCAUUUGGUCGUUGCUCGCCAGGAGAAAAAGAGAUUUUACCCCAAGGUGCUUCAUCCUCGGUCAAGGAUGAGCAAGCAAGUAAACCGAGUGCAGGCUUGGGCUCCUCGUGUCUUGAACAUACAAUAGAUGACAACAUUCUCGCCUCAGACAACAGUCAUUCCGUGUUGGACUUCCCCAAAGGCAAAGAACACCUGGUCGAUAUUCGCUUACUUGUAGCAGGUGAAGAUUUCAAUGUUGAUGAUGAUGAUGAGGAGGAGGAGGAGGAGGAGGAGGAAGAGGAGGACUCGAGUGACGUUGACAUGGAGAAAGGUGCCAGGGAGCAGUCUGAGAAAGAAACGUGCGGCCAUAGUCCGCCCUCUGGGGACUCAAACAAAACCUCUCCUGAAUCGAGCCUCCAAAAAGAGGAGAUGGUCUCUCAAGCGACACCUGACGAUGCCCUUGUGACGUCCAAGCAGGACACAAGUCAAAUAUCACAAUCUGGUGACACAAACAUUCUUGGGAAGGAAACUGUCUCUGGAGAAACAGCUGCUGGUACGACCAAACCUCCUGAGAUCAAGAGUGAAGGCAAAAGGAUGACAUCACCAGGCUCGAGUGCUGUCAAACUAGAAAACAUCUGCUCGGACGCUCCAAAUGAACCAAAGCCUCUCGAAACAAAGGGAGACAAAACAUGUUUAUCCCCUGAGCCGGCAACACCAAGCAAGCUAUCGAUUGCUGGGGAUCGCCCUUCCUCUGAGGUCCAGCAGUCAGAAGAAAAGGAUGCCGACAAAGAAUCUCUAUCGCCAAGCUCCGAAAACCAUUUCCAGUCAUCACCCGCGAUCAACCUCAGCAGCUCAAGCCCAGCAGCGCUACCUGACCAACCCACGUCCCCGUCCGUGCCUGCCUCUGAUCCGUUUGCCCUGCAGCCUGGACGCUAUACUGAUCUUGGACUGAGUGGAUCAGAAGGAUACUCUGAGGUCAGUCAAGUAGGUCCAAAAGAUCAACAGCACGAAAGCCAACAAGUAACCUUAAGCGAAGAUCGAUAUUACCAAGGAGACAACCAAGAGGGAAGCGUGACUCAAAGGCAAAGCUCAGAUCUGACCGCUAAAAAGGAGAACCAGCUUCCCUCAUUACCUUGCACCCUCACCUCCGCUUCAGCCGGGUACGCAUCACCCGGCUCAAGUUUUACCCAGCAUUUAGAAGACAGUGCUCAAAAGUUUGAAAGCGUAUCGAGCGAUACGGCCCAGCGAUCGACAUUGUUCAGCUCAGCCCCUGGUGGCCUUCAGAGAGACGAGUACAUGGAAGUGAUGACCAAACCUACAAAAGAAUAUUCCCAGGCCGAGGAGAGCAAAUGGUCAUCGUCUGUUGUACCAAGUAGUGAGCCCUCAAAACCGGCAGACAUUUUCUCCACAUCAGAAGCCAGUUUAGGUGCCUCUCAACAAAGGGCCGAAGCCACUGACAGGAGUUCCCAAGGCACAGCGGCAGAUGUCGUACGUGACUCUGACUGGCAAAAAACGCCCGAAGAUAAAGACACUUUUUCAUUACUAACCGCGGCACGUUUGACGGAGAGUACUUUGAAUACAACAGACGUGAAGACGACACCGACCGUUGAGUCAUUACCGCGAGUGACGACGGAAACAGCUCAUCGCGUUGCCUCAGUCACUUCAGCAAGUGCAAGUGGUGCUAUGAACACCUCAUGUGCCGUCGCCGACCCUUCCGGAGCUGAGGAGGGAAAGCAGCCAAGCAUAAAGACACCAUACGAUGAACAGGAGAGGACUACGGUCCACGCUGAAGUGGGACAGGAAACAAGAAAAGCAGACAUUGCGACAAGAGAAGAGGAAACAAAGUCUCUGGAGGACAGCAUUGAAAGGAUGAGCUCUGCAGUUGAGCAGGAUGAUAAAGUGGACGUCAAGUCGAAAGGAGACUCUGACUUCCCACAGGCAGUGGAAAGCUUUUUGGACAAGCCGCCGGAGAGAUUAGAGGCAAGGCGAAAAAGUAGUAUAUCUGAUUGGGAGCUGCUGCAGAAGCCUGAUGAUUUCCCAAGUGCCCCUCCACCAGGUUACGGUGACCAGGAGGAGGAUGCCUUCGAAUGGAUGGCGAGCAUCCACGGUGCCUCCUCAAACGCAACCUCACUCGUAAGAGCAUCGAGCAAACCAAAAACCGAUCGUCCAUCCGACUUGAACACGGGAGAUUGCUCCUAUGAAUACAAACAGCGUAAAGGAGAACUCUCUCCGUCCUUCAUCAACCCGAGUCCACAUCAGUUCUCUGGCGACGAGGGUGAGGAGGACGACCGAAGUGACCGCUCCCAGGAGGGAGGUGGUGCAGCCCACGAGCAAAAAGCUGCUAAAACAAAGUCACACAAGCAAAGGCGUCACCAUGGCGACGCCGGUCAUCAGUUGUCCGGCGCCGCCUCAUUUGGACUGACGGCGACUUUAGCGGGAGAGGAAACACCUCCCACAUCUCUGAGUGAGUCGUUGCCUUCACAGUCCGAUUCUGAUGUGCCGCCGGGAACUGAAGAGUGUCCAUCCAUUACCGCGGAAGGUAACCUGGACUCGGAUGAAGAUGCGGACCAUUUGCCUGCGGACCGGUUGUCAGCCUCAGGAGCUGCCGGUGGCCUACAGUCCUCGUCACCGAGGGCAGCUCAGCAGACGCACGAUCCCCUCCCCACCUCGGUAAAAGACCCUGCUCCACAACCUCCUCAUCCAGAUGCGUGCAUGGUGGAUCCAGAGGCUUUCCUUCAGGACCUCAGCGGCACAGGAAAACUUCUCAAGAAGGACCAGAAGGCCACCAAGGGCCUCAGGAAAGCCAAACCCAAAUCGGCUUCUCCUGCUCGGAAGGGGGACGUCAAGAAGAGGUCCACCACGCCGGUGAAGCAGGCCCAUAAGGACUCGGCCCCGCCCCGAUCAGCAUCCCUCAAGAGGAAGGACCCCGAGAGGAGCUCCAAGCUGUUGAAGAUGUCAGAGAACCAAGGUUCGCGGAGUGACAUCCUCAAGGGCCUGGUCAACGGAGUGAAAAGCAGUUCAGGAACGAACGCUCAGAAAGCCCCUUCAACUGUCCCACCCGGACCACCGGUCUACGUGGAUCUGGCCUACGUGCCCAACCACUGCAGUGCCAAGAAUGUGGACCAGGAGUUCUUCAAGCGCGUGCGAGCGGCAUACUACGUGGUGAGCGGGAAUGACCCCAGCGGCGGAGAGCCGAGCGGCGGCGUCCUGGACGCCCUGCUGGAGGGCAAAGCUCAGUGGGGCUCCAACGUGCAGGUGACCCUGAUCCCGACCCAUGACACAGAAGUGACCCGGGAGUGGUACCAGCGCACGCACGAGAGGCAGCAGGACCUCAACAUCAUGGUCCUGGCCUCCAGCAGCACCGUCGUCAUGCAGGACGAGUCUUUCCCCGCCUGCAAGAUCGAGUUCUGACUUGCCCACGCUGCCCUGCAAUCGACCCUUUGCCUCGUAGCAAAACGCACUUAGCCAGUCAUCAAGUUCAUGCACACCGAAAAUGUUUUGUUUUUUUUCUUUACUCAAUUUUAUUUUGUCAAUAAUAUUAGAAGAUAUAUUAGAAGACAAAUAUAGAAGAUAAAUAUA